GUCAGCCAUGCGCGUGAAGGUUUGAACCUGGCAGGACGCCGUAAUGUUUGUGUUUGGUGGUGACGAAAAUGGCGGACGAACUGGACAGAGUACGAAUUUCUGAGGCUGAACUACGAGCUGAGGCGUCGAGUAUUGUACCAUUUAGAUACAACUCCAAAGAUGUGCAAAAGACAAGUAAAAAACAAAGUCAGCGAGAUGGGAAAAGGCCAGACAUCCAGAGAUACGAUCCAGGCGCAGCACAGAUACGCAAAUCCAAGGAUAGAUGUGAAGAGGAUAGAUCAUAUUCAGCAGAGUCUGCAUACACUUUAGAGGAGUCUGUGUCUGAUCCAGCUAUUAAAUUGCCUGACAGCUCUCUACCAAAUCCAAGUGAAAUAAAAUUCACUAGCAGUGACUGUCAGCUUGAACUGAGCACUGUUAAUUUUGACUGCAAUGAUGCUAGUGCAUCUUUCAGUCAUCAACAUGACAGGAGGAACACUGUUAUAAAAAGUGAAUUGUCCAGCACUGGAAAACCUAAUUCUCCAAAACUUCGGAAAAUGCGCAAACCUGAUCGUAAAAUAUACCAGCCUGGUGGGAGAAGGAGUCAAGGUUAUAGAGAUGAUGGCACAACCAGCGAGUUAGAACAGAUAUCACAAGAUGUGGCAAAGGCAGAGGACACUACAAGUAAUGGGUUGAUAAGCGUAGUCGAUCAAAGGAAGGAUAUACAUCUGGAAGAGGAAAAAAGAAAUGUUGGAGAAAUCAAGGAAGGCGUGAAAAAACAGGUGCAGGGGAAACAAAAGAAAUUAGACUUAUCUUCUGUAGACUAUGAUCAGCCCUCUGUUAACAAUAUGACUGAUAAAGUAGAGAAACUCAACAUUAACAGCCUCACAGCCAUAGAUACAGAAAAGAAGAGUGAAAAUGUUGAUAGAAGAAGAAGGUUAAGUGGUGAGGCCUCUAAGAACAGGACAGGAAGAGGAGUGGGAGAAGUGAAGGAGAAGAAAAAGGAGCAGGAAAAACGAAGGUCCAGAGGGGGUAAGGAGAGAGAGUCCAGUCAAGCCUCACUGAAGAGGGAGGAAGGAGAAGGAGUCGAAAAAUGUUUGCUGACACAUCAUCUAGAGAAAAACAGUGAGCCAAAAGUAGAAAGAAUAUUUCAGUGGGAUGUGAAAGGAAAAGAGGCUCUUCAAGAUCAGUACUUUACAAAAGAAAAACACAGAAGCUAUCAGCCAAUAGAAAGUGAUGGCAAGAGGCACAGAAUAGCUCAUGAAACACAACCGUGCAAAGUCAGCUCUUCUUCAAAGCGAUAUUCCAAAUCAGACAUCAGAAGGACUAGAAACCGUACCUAUAGUACAAGUUCUGCCAGCAGUGGCACCAGCGUGGAUGGACCAACAGAGUCUGAAGCAUACAGGUCUAAUGAACAAUGUGGGGCAGGAUUAAAAGGGCCAAUGCCUAAGUCUCAUGAAAGGUUGAUAAAGGUGAUGGACCAGAGCAUAGCAGGCAUGCCCAGGCAAAGUAGAAGGACAACUAAUGAUAUGUCACCCAUAAAUUACCAUAGAAAUCCCAUAGAGGAAAAUAAGGGAAUGGAGAGAAAUGGAAGAGGAGUCCUUAAAGCCAAAGCAGAUAAGAAUUACAGUAGAGUAUCAAAAGAGAAUAAUGGAGGAUUGAGAGGAGCCUUGAUUGGUGGCCAAGGAGGAGUCUUGAGAAUUUCCUUGGACAGACAGACUGGAUUGUCCUCAGGAACCAGGGAGGAGAAAAAAAAAAAAAGCCACAGAGGUAUUUUGGUACUCCCAACACGCACUGAACUAACCACGUCCUCAGAACCCGGUCCUCAGCUUAUGUGUGGAACAAGAAGCAGCUUAGGCCUGGAUAGAGGAAGAGGAAGUCGUGGUGGAAGUACUAGGCGCUUGUGGGAUCCUAAUAACCCUGAUAAGAAACCAGCUCUUUCAGGCAACCAGCAAUCUCUGCAGUCAUCUGUCCGACAGCCACUGUACUUACAGCAUCAAGGAGGAUACGGACCACUGCAUUUUCUGGACACUGAUGAUGAAGCCACUGGUAGCCCUCCUGUGCACCAUGGGGAAGACUUUCAAAUGAAACAUGCUGCCACCAUGGCUUACUACAAAUAUCAGAAUGCUGACAACCCUUACGGUUACCCGUUACCAACAGAGUCUUCAAACACACCUCCAUGCUACACCUAUUCCUAUCAUCUCCCAUAUCAGUUACAUGGUUCUAAUGGGGUGUUCUCGAAUCCAGGCAUGGCACCCUUUUAUGGAAUGUAUGGGCACAGUGGCCAGGUUUACCCAUCUACAGGCAUCAACUUUAGCCCAGAGGACACAGAGUUGCAGACAAGAGGGGAACUCGUAAAACUUCUGCGAAUGGCUGACAGCCAUGAACUCCAGCUCAGUAACCUGCUGUCCAGGGAGCGACUUAGUCGAGAAGGAUUAGACAGGAUGACCCAGCUGAGAGCUGAGCUCCUGACAUUGUAUGAGAGUAUAAUUCUAACAGACAUAGAGUUCUCUGACACACAGAAUGUGGACCAGUUACUAUGGAAGAAUGUGUUUUAUCAGGUCAUUGAGAGAUUCAGACACCUACUAAAGAACCAGGAUAUAGAUACAGCUUCCCAGAUUAAGACUAUGCUUCUCACUAUAUUGGAGGAGGGGGCAGUGUUUUUUGAUUCACUCCUGUUGAAGUUACAAACUGUAUUCCAGUUUAAACUAGAAGACUACAUGGAUGGAAUGGCAAUACGUUCAAAACCUCUACGAAAGACUGUGAAAUAUGCUUUGAUUAGUGCCCAGCGGUGUAUGAUUUGUCUAGGAGAUGUCGCAAGAUACAGAGAACAAGCAAAUUACUCUGCUAAUUAUGGCAAAGCACGCAGUUGGUACCUGAAAGCGCAGCAGAUUGCACCAAAAAAUGGCCGACCAUACAACCAGCUUGCUGUGUUAGCAGUGUACACAAAGCGGAAGUUGGAUGCUGUAUAUUACUACAUGCGCAGCCUAGCUGCCAGCAACCCAAUCCUCACAGCCAAGGAGAGCCUGAUGAGUUUGUUUGAAGAAUCCAAGCGCAAGGUUGAGCACAGACUGAAGGAGGAUAUUGAAAGUUGCACACAGGUGCAGGGAACAGUAAGAGGUCAGGAUUCCACUCGUGUGGAAAUCUGGAUACGUCCCGCUAAGCAGCCUGGAGUGGCAUCUCGCAUUGAAGGCACUGGCAAUGACUCUGAGCAAGUUGGAGGGCUGAGGGCACUGAGUGCAAGUGAUAUUAAUAAGAGAUUUGUCUUGAGUUUUCUUCACACUCAUGGAAAGAUCUUCACUAAAGUAGGGAUGGAGAGCUUUACAGCUGUGGCAACUCGUAUGUUGGAGGAGUUCCAGGCCCUUCUCCAGCAUAGCCCUUCUUUGGGAAGUACACGCAUGCUUCAGAUCAUCACAAUCAACAUGUUCACCAUUUACUAUGCUCAGACUAGAGAAAAAGGGCACGGAGAGGCUCGUUCAGUAUUGGAAGAACAGUCUACUUCUCUGGGUUUGGCCAUGUUUGGGGUACUCGUCCAGCGUUGCACUGAACUUCUUAAAGAAACACCUGCAGAGCCUGUACCUUUGGGGGAGGUUGCUGAGGAACUGGGUCCAAUGGUUCGUGUGUCCACUUUAUCAACUGACCUGCGAGAGCUCCUGCCCAGUGUUAAAGUCUGGUCUGACUGGAUGCUGGGACACCCAGAGCAGUGGAACCCACCACCGUGUAUUUUUGAUGGCAGUCCAGACGUUUGGCAGUGCCUGGCAGAACUAUGUAAUUCUUUUGCAACUGUCUAUCAUGGUGAGAUUCCGCUCUACAAGGCAGAUGCUGAUGGAGAGAGUGAUGAGUUGCGACUGCUUGUGCUAGAGGAGGACAGGAUGCUGGCUGGAUUUGUCCCAUUGCUGGCUGCUCCACAAGAGCCAUGCUAUAUUGACCCAAAGUCAGAUAUUGCCAUAGCAGCUGACUGCAAGAGAGUGACUGUACUGAAAUACUUCCUUGAGGCUCUUUGUGGUCAAGAGGAACCUCUGCUUGCCUUUAAAGGGGGGAAGUAUGUUUCCAUAGCAUCACUGGACACUCCCAGCCAAUCAACUGAGAACAAGACACAAUCGCACAUCAGUGAGCAGUGUCAGGACAACAAUGUGACCAUGGAGGAGGCAUCACUGUCCACAUCAGAAGGAGAGAUGGAUGAAGGGAUGGAUGAAUAUGAAAAUCAGAGUGAUAUCCGAGAGCUGAGAGCACGGCGCUGUGCUUUAGUUCACAAACUAGCAGAACAACAGAAAAGGAGAGACAAAAUAAAGGCUGUUCUACAAACCGGAAUCCAGCUAGAGCUGGAGAUUAGACCUUUCUACCUUGUCCCUGAUACAAACUGCUUUAUUGACCACCUGGAGGGAUUGAAAAAGCUGUUGGCGUGUGGCAAAUACAUACUGGUGGUACCAUUAAUAGUGAUUACAGAGCUGGAUGGCUUGGCUAAAGGGCAAGAAUGCCGGGAUAUGGACUACAUAGGUGAGACAGCACAUGCCAGGCAGGUGCAGGAAUGUGCUAAAGCAGCCAUGACUUUUUUGGAAAAGGGGUUUGAAGCCAGAGAGCCUGGACUGAGAGCACUCACCAGCAGGGGAAACCAGUUAGAGUCAAUUGCUUUCCGCAGUGAGGACACUUCCGGACAUAAGGGCAACAAUGAUGAUGUGAUUCUGUCAUGCUGCCUGCAUUACUGUCAAGACAAGGCUAAGGAAUUUAUGCCUGCUCAGAGAGAUGGACCAGUUCGACUACAGAGGGAAGUGGUUUUACUCACAGAUGACCGUAAUUUGCGUGUGAAAGCUCUAACACGUAAUGUCCCAGUUCGAGACAUCCCUGGCUUUCUGAGCUGGGCUAAAGUAGGCUGAACGAAGGAAAAAGACCUCCUGAUGUAAAAACAAUGCUCAUUCUCCAGUGCAACAGAGUGGAGAGCAAGAAUGUGGCACAGAGUAAGCUUAAGAGGGAGUAUGUUUGUGAGAGAGGAACUAAGCAAGGCUUUUUUGUAACUAACUUCAUCUUUUCAUGAAGAUGAAUUCCUUUAUCCUCUUCAUAACAAUCAUGAAGUGACGCAGGAGAGUUUUACUGAUGAGUCAGGCUGAGCUGACCAGAGUCCUGUGCUUGAGUGAGCGAGUGAGGUGAGUGUGUGAGCGAGUGAGUGCGUGAGUGAGGGAAUUAGUGGAUGGGUGUGUAUGAUAGAGCGCGCAUCUGCACAGAAGCGUAGGGCAGAAGAAAAAUUAAUACAGUACACCUGUAAGAUAUCAAUGUUGAACAUUAUGUAGCUUUAAGUACGAGAGCUGGGAAUCAGAUAUGAAAAACCAGAUCACUCUGAUCGAAAUAUUCGUGGAUGUGAUCACAUUGGUCCUCCACUGACAACCAUUGGUUCACAGCAGAGAGAGACAUUUUUGUCAUCUUUUGUUCCUGUCCUGUGGCCUACAAGGCCUUAAAGACAUUCAUGCCAUUGUAUUCAAUUAAACAUUAUUUUCUGUUUGCCAAUCACAAUAAACUAAAUGCUCAGCUAAUUAUGCUACUUUUGAAUAUGUUUUAACUAGACAGACACAAGCUUACAAUGAUUUUGAGAUAUACAUAUUUGUCAAAAAAACUUAUGGUUGGCCUUAAAAUGUGGUGUUUUGCAGCUCCAACCAUAGCCAUACAUAUGUUUCAUGUGAAAUACAGUAUUCAUCUGAUAUUUUAGUUUUAUGGGCUCAUUGUUCUUGAACUGAAUUUAAAGUGUUUCAUCUAUGGGCAGUCCACACAUCACAGUUUUUUCCUCAUUUUGGUCUAAUAAAUCUUUGCAAUCUUG